AUGGCCGACUCCAUCGAACUCCCCGUCCUGACCCAUCUGGGUCAUUCGAAACCGAGAGAUCGUUCCGCUUCCAAAACCUCACUCAGGAUGCCCGACGUCGUAGCUCCUAGCGCAACCAUGGGUGCAGCUUCUGGCUCUGGCUCGUUGGGGAAUAUCGAAGCUCAAGAGAUUCCUGGGAUCACUUUGAUCGACAGUAGGGAUUCGGGUGAGGCCGACCCGUUGUUGCUGAGGGACAAGAUCGUCUCCGAGGACGAGCUGAAUGAGAUUCGCAACCGAAAGAAGGGCAAAGGCAAAAAGAUCUCGGACUUCUACGCCGGCCAGAACGAACACAUCGGCAACCUCUUGAAACCUCUCAAAGUCCAUACCGAGGAAGCCAUCGCCGACGAGGCCGACAACGCCAAAAGCGUCAGAUGGGCCAUCAGGUUGAGUCUGUACUGUAACUUCGCCUUGGCUGGAUUACAGCUAUACGCCGCGAUUUCCUCCCUGUCGUUGUCCCUCUUUGCAACCUGUAUCGAUGCCGUCUUCGACCCCUUCGCCAACAUCCUCCUGAACGUCCUACACAAGCGAAGUCUAAAGGCUGAUGAGAAGAAAUGGCCGAUGGGAGGAUCUCGCGGGAACAUCGUCUACGGCGCCUUGAUGGGUAUGGUCAACCUGAUCCUGAUCGUCGAAUCCAUCCGAAGUCUCGCCACCCGGGAAAGCGAUGAAGAAACCAACGAGAUCUACAUCCCCGCCUUGGUCGCCGUCGGGAUCGCCUUCCUGACCAAGCUUUCGCUGUUCAUCUUCUGUUUCUCGAUCAGGAAGAAGUCGAGCCAAGUUCAGGUCCUGUACGAAGAUCACCGGAACGAUCUCUUUGUGAAUGGGUACAUUCGGCAUCUUCACCGCCGCGGCUGGUGCCAAGAUUCGUUGGUGGGCAAGUAUACGGCUGCAUUCCAGAUGUUGCGAGACCCCAAGGUUAAUACUCCGCCUUCGUGUCCGCAGAUCGACCCUAUGGGAGCCAUGAUCAUCGCCUCUGCUAUCAUCAUCGCAUGGAGCAGGACCAUCUUUGAGCAAUUCAAGUUGCUUGCAGGUAUCGCAGCCCCGGUCGAUUUCCAGCAGCUCGUUAUCUACAAGGCCAUGACGUUCAAUCCUGCCAUCAAGCAGAUUGAUACUUGCCGGAUCUACCAUUCAGGACCAAACUACUUUGUCGAGAUUGAUAUCGUCAUGGACGGCGACAUGCCCCUGUGGAGAGCUCACGACAUCGCCCAAGAUCUGCAAGAUCAGGUAGAAAAGCUGCCUGACGUCGAUCGAUGUUUCGUUCAUAUCGAUCACGAGACGGACCACAAGCCGGAACAUCGCCGACACUUGUGA